CUGGGUGGGGGCGGGCGUGGGGGGUGGGGGCAGAGGCAGGAGGGGCGCUCGGCCCCGGAGAGUGCAGCAGACGGGGCUGGUCCCGAGGCGGCUGCGGCCCCGGGGAAUGGGCGGGUCGAGGGUGUCCAGGGAGUAGGGUCGGGUCGGAGUGCAUUGACCACCGGGCCCAGAGGGUCCGAGCCGGGAGCGGAGCCUGCACCCUCCACCACCCGCCCUUCGGGAAAUUUCAGAACUGAGCCCAGAGGCAGGUGCACCGGGAGAAUGUGUCUGAGGCUUGCUUGGCAGAAGAGAAACUGAGUCACCAGCUCAGGAGCCGCAGGGUCAGCGGGCCUGAAGGGGGCCGGGUCUGCCAGUGGUGCAGAGGGUUGGGCGGGCCUGUGUGAGCCGAGGUGGCCACUGCCUGGAGAUCGCUCUCCCUGCUGCGUCUGCACCUCUUGGCUCGGUUCCCCUGUGCUCCAUGACUCUUGCGUCUCCUGGCUUCUCGUUGGUUUGGAAUUGUCCCUGUGGUUGGAGCCGUCUGAAUGUGUAGGAUCUAGGCCAAGGAGGAAGGGGACGGGUCGCUGGUUGUGGGUCUGAGCAGGAGUCUGAGGUUUGGGGAGACUUUCCUGAGCUGUCCUCCCCGCAGCCCUGGUGCCAGUCAUCAUCCAACGUAAUAUGGGGGAGGAACACUAACAAAGAGCCAUGGGUUAUAAAUGCCAGGCCCAGCUCUGCCACUUGCUAGUUGUAAGAGCUUGGGAAGCCUCUUCCUUUCUCUGAUUUCUCUCUUGGAAAAAUUGGAACCCAUAAAGAUAGUAAUAACGGGGCGGGCAUUUAUGGUGUGCUUGCUUUCUGCCAAGCCCUGACAGGUUCCGUUUGAUUCUCCCCGCGAGUCUAGGAGUUAGGGAUCAUGAGCUCUGUUUUAUAGAUACACGCCCGCAGUUCCGAGAGGACAUAGGAUCUGUUCAAGAUCACGCAGCUAAUAGGUGGCCGAGCUGGGAUUUCAUCCCAGGUCCAACUCCACGUCCCACAGCCUUAACCACCAGGCUCACCAGCCUUUAGGGCACCCUCCCCAGUGAAAGAAGAGGAAGUGAGAAACCCUAGGGCCCCAGCUCCCUGUUAUGUUUUAUUUACUUUGUGGCCAAGAAAGACUUGCCCUGACCCAACCCACAGUCUUCCCCCGCCUGGUGCUGCCUGGUGCUGCUGCUUCUGGGCCCCAGGCUGAAGGCACAAAGAACUGGGCUGUGGCCAUUCCAAGCCUCUGUCACACCGUGCUGGGGUGCUGGGCCCUGGGGUCCGCUUUCAGGACAGUUCUGGUUUCAGUCCAUCAUCCAUUCCGCCUCUUGACUGAGCAGACUCCCUCCCCAGAGCUGGACCUCAGGACGCGCGAGGCAGGGUCUCUAAGCGCUGCAGACCUAGCUCCCUGAGAGCUGGGGCAGGGAGGGGCUGUGACAGGCUGGUCCAGCCAGUCCCUGGGGACGAGGACUAUGCAGUGGGCAAAACCGUAGACUUGGAGUUCUGAGACUUCUCUGAGCUUCGGUUUCCUCACCUAUUAUCAAGGUUAUUAAAGCCUGUUGCAGGGAAAGGUAAGAACACAUGGGAAGCAUGUGAUAAACCUCGAAGGACCUGUUGUGGAGAAGGGAGGUGGUGUGAGUGGUAAAGACUCCUUUUUAGAGGCAGGUGCUUUGCGGCCGCGUGUCGCUCCUGGAACCAGAACCAGGGGGAGUGGGUUGGGAAGGCAGCGGGGCAGGUGCACCUCCCUCCCCCCCGGGGAGCCAGCUGAAUGGGGUGUGUGGGGUGUGAGGCUCUGGGAAAGGGAAGGGAGGCGGUGUGGUGUGUUCCCCACUGCUUUCCGAGGAGUCCAGACCAGAGUGGGGAGUCCGCUCGGGGUGGGGCUCUGCCCCCAGUCCCACCUCAGCAGUGACUCGGUGUAUGUGCCUCUCUUCCUUCUGCAGCUGCUGUCGCUCACCCCGUGUCUUCUGGCCGCUUCCCUCUUUGCUGCCCCUCCCCACAGGCUCCCCCUCUCCACCUCCUGGGGACCAUCAUGAAUGGUGCCCCUUCCCCGGAGGACGGGGCCUCCCCCUCCCCUCCCCCUUUGCCACCACCCCCUCCCCCGAGUUGGCGGGAGUUCUGUGAGUCCCACGCCCGGGCUGCCGCCCUGGAUUUCGCCCGCCGAUUUCGCCUCUACCUGGCCUCCCACCCCCAGUAUGCAGGGCCCGGGGCUGAGGCUGCCUUCUCCCGCCGUUUUGCUGAGCUCUUCCUGCAGCAUUUUGAAGCUGAGGUGGCCCGGGCCUCCGGCUCCCUCUCACCACCCAUCCUGGCUCCCCUGAGUCCCGGUGUGGAGAUCCCGCCACACGACCUGUCCCUUGAGAGCUGCAGGGUGGGCGGGCCCCUGGCUGUGCUGGGCCCUUCUCGAUCAUCUGAGGACCUGGCCGGCCCCCUCCCUUCCUCAGUCUCUUCCUCUUCUACGACCUCCUCGAAGCCGAAGCUAAAGAAACGCUUCUCUCUCCGCUCCGUGGGUCGCUCGGUCCGCGGUUCAGUCCGCGGCAUCCUGCAGUGGCGGGGGACCGUUGACCCACCCUCCCCAGCUGGGCCCCUCGAGACCUCAUCGGGCCCCCCAGUCCUGGGUGGAAACAGCAACUCCAACUCCUCUGGCGGGGCUGGGACCAUUGGCAGGGGACUGGUUAGUGAUGGAACAUCCCCCGGGGACAGAUGGACUCACCGAUUUGAGAGGCUGAGACUCAGUCGGGGCGGGGGGGCCUUGAAGGAUGGAGCAGGGAUGGUGCAGAGGGAAGAGCUGCUGAGUUUCAUGGGGGCUGAAGAGGCAGCCCCGGACCCAGCCGGAGUGGGCCGGGGAGGAGGGGCAGCUGGGCCUACCUCAGGGGGAGGAGGGCAGCCUCAGUGGCAGAAGUGUCGCUUACUGCUUCGAAGUGAAGGAGAAGGAGGAGGAGGAAGCCGUCUGGAGUUCUUUGUACCGCCCAAGGCGUCUCGGCCUCGACUCAGCAUUCCCUGCUCUACCAUCACGGACGUGCGGACAACCACAGCCCUGGAGAUGCCUGACCGGGAGAACACGUUUGUGGUUAAGGUGGAAGGCCCCUCCGAGUACAUCCUGGAGACAGUUGAUGCUCUACAUGUGAAGGCCUGGGUGUCUGACAUCCAAGAAUGCCUGAGCCCGGGACCCUGCCCCGCUACCAGUCCCCGCCCCAUGACCCUCCCCCUGGCCCCUGGGACCUCAUUCCUUACGAGGGAGAACACAGACAGCCUGGAGCUGCCCUGCCUCAAUCAUUCAGAGAGCCUGCCCAGCCAGGAUCUGCUGCUGGGACCCAGCGAGAGCAAUGACCGCCUGUCGCAGGGGGCUUACGGGGGCCUCUCAGACCGCCCCUCGGCGUCCAUCUCCCCCAGCUCCGCCUCCAUCGCCGCCUCCCAUUUUGACUCCAUGGAACUGCUUCCCCCAGAGUUGCCCCCCCGUAUCCCCAUCGAAGAGGGACCCCCGGCAGGCACAGCCCAUCCCCUCUCAGCUCCCUACCCACCCCUGGACACUCCGGAGACGGCCACAGGUACCAGAGGAUCAUUCCUGUUCCAGGGGGAGUCAGAGGGAGGUGAAGGGGACCAGCCCCUCUCAGGGUAUCCUUGGUUCCACGGGAUGCUCUCUCGACUCAAGGCCGCCCAGCUAGUGCUGGCCGGAGGCACCGGCUCCCAUGGCGUCUUCCUGGUACGUCAGAGUGAGACGAGACGGGGUGAAUACGUCCUCACUUUCAACUUCCAGGGCAAGGCCAAGCACCUGCGCCUGUCGCUGAACGAGGAGGGUCAGUGCCGGGUCCAGCACUUGUGGUUCCAGUCCAUUUUCGAUAUGCUCGAGCAUUUCCGAGUGCACCCCAUCCCUCUGGAGUCUGGAGGCUCCAGUGACGUUGUUCUUGUCAGCUAUGUCGUGUCCUCCCAGCGACAGCAGGGUGAGCAGAGCAGGUCUGCAGGGGAGGAGGUGCCCGUGCACCCAAGAAGCGAGGAGAACCGAACACCUCCCAUGACCCACCCCAGCCCCCUGAACCCCCUUCAUGGACAGAUCCCCCACAUCCUGGGGCAGAAGAGGCGUCGGGGGCGCCAGAAGUGGCGGCAGCAGCAGCCGCAGCAGCCAAAGAGAGGCAAGAGAAAGAGAAAGCGGGCAGUGGAGGGGUCCAGGAAGAGCUGGUCCCCGUGGUUGAGCUGGUCCCCGUGGUUGAAUUGGAAGAGGCCGUAGCGCCAGGCACGGAGGCCCCGGGAGGCGCUGGAUCUGGUGGGGACCCCGGGGCCACCCCGAUGGUGCAGCUGCAGCAGUUACCACUAGGGGGCGAUGGAGAAGAAGGGGGCCAUCCCAGAGCCAUUAAUAACCAGUACUCCUUCGUGUGAGACACCCUACCCCGCUCUUUCUCCACUCUUCUUGCUCCCCAGCCCUUAGUUCAUGAGAUUGGGGCUGGGCAGGGAUGUAGAGGAGCGGUAGGAAUCCCCUCCCCACGUGCUUCCUGACCCUUGACGGCCAAGGGCAUAUACGUCGGUACAAGAAGAGGUUCAAGAGCCCUGUUAACUCCCCGGUUCGUACACUACAGGUGCCCCAUCCCCUGGGCAGGGGAUUUGGGCUCCAUUACCUCCCUGAGGGGCUCUUAUGGUCAGCCCCACCCCUGGGGGCCUUUUCCCCAUUAACCACCCCCCCAGCCCGAGGAAGGGUGAGGGGGAAGGGCUGUCCGUUAUAUUGAGGUGGUUGUUGUUGUUGUUUUAAACAAAAUGGAGAAGCAUAAAUAAAUAAAAGGGUUUAUCUCA